AUGGCGGGCUCCAUCGACGACAAGCACUCGCUCGAGGAGAUCGAGACUGACUCUCCUCAACCGGAUUCUCAUCGCCGACGCUGGAUCCGCACCCUCGCCGUGGCCAUUGGUGGACUCGUCGUGCUCGCUGUGGCACUCGGUGUGGGUCUAGGAGUCGGACUGCGGCACCCUUCGCAGAAUCGGGCUGUAGCGACGAGCGUGAACGGGACAAACUCGACUUCGGCGGAUGGGGGACGGGUGCUGGCUCAGCCGUCGAGCAACUUUGUGCUCAAGGGGCAGGCGGCGAUGGCAAAGGAGCCCCCGACAACGCGGCACUACGACUUUCUGCUGGAGGAGCGCACAGGGUCGCCUGACGGCUUCGAUAAGCCUAUGCUCGUCGUGAACGGCAUGUACCCUGGGCCUACCAUCGAGGUGAACAACGAUGAUCGCGUCGUCGUGAACGUGACGAACGCGAUGUCGAACGCUUCCGCCGUCCAUUGGCACGGCCUCUUCCAGCGCGGCACGCCCUGGUUCGAUGGGACGAACUCGGUUUCGCAAUGCGGGAUCCCUCCCGGCCACUCCUUCCUCUACAACUUCACGCUCGACACCUUCGUCGGCACGACCUGGUGGCACUCGCACUACAGCACGCAAUACACGGACGGCCUCUCGGGCGCUUUCAUCGUCUACAACCGUACCGAGUCGCUUCCUUCGACUCCUUCGGUCGACGGCGAACUCUCGAUCCAGCUGUCCGACUUGUACCACCGGUUCUCGACCGACCUUCUCACGCAGUACCUCUCGACGAAUGGGAUGACAGGCGCGGGAUACUCGGGAACGACGCAGGGGAACGAACCUGUCCCGGAUGCGGGCACGAUCAACGGUGUCGGACAAUGGGGCAACUCGACGUCCAGCUACACCGACUUCACCCUCGAGCCGAACUCGACCUACCGCCUUCGAAUCGGGAACCACGGCUCGUUCGCCGCCAGCCGUUUCUCGGUCGACAAUCAUACCUUGACGGUUGUAGAGGCGGACGGCGUCCUCGUCGAGCCGUACGAGGUCUCGGGCCUCGUCGUGCAGGUCGCGCAGCGGUAUAGCGUGAUCUUGCGCACGAACGAGACGGCGGGAGCGUAUUGGAUGCGGCACGAGGUCCAGCAGGACGCCUUCACGUACACCGAGCCAGGCUUCCAGGGCAGCCAACUGGGCGUCAUCCGCUACGGCGUCGACAACUCGACGAUGCCUUCCUCCGCGCUCAUCUCCUCCGACCCAGGGAGCGGCAGCUCUCUCCCCGACCUCGACUCCACCGCUCUCGUCCCUUACGUCCCCGAGUCGCCUCCGAACGCGACCUUCUCUACGUACAUGACCGUCUCGAUGCAGAACACCGGAAACAACCAAUGGCUCAGCUUCGUCAACUCGACCUCAUGGGCGCCUCUACAGGGCAAAGCGACGCUCCUCUCCGGCUACGGCUUCAACGCUGUCGGAACCUCACAAGCCGACUCACAGCUCAUCGUCACCGUUCCCGAUCCGUCAAGCGGGACUCAAGUCGUCGACGUGUACGUCCAGAACUACGACGACGGCGACCAUCCUUUCCAUCUGCACGGCUACAAGCCUUGGAUGCUGGGACAAGGGCAAGGCCGGUAUCAGGGCCAGGAGCUGGAUACGAAGAACCCGAUGCGGAGGGAUACGUUCAUCCUUCCCGCCUACUCUUGGACGAUCCUCCGCUUCGUCGCCGACAACCCCGGCAUGUGGUUCUUCCACUGUCAUUUGACAUGGCACAUGGCCUCUGGUCUCGCGAUGCAGUUCCUCGUCCUCCCGAACGCGACGACUUCCCUCCUCGCUUCGGCUCCGUCGGUGCUGCAGGAGCAGUGCAAGAUCAUGCGCACUCUCGGGCAGACUGUUGUUGGGUAG